AUGGGAAAUACUUGCCAUGGACUUCACAUUGCUAGACAAAAGAAUGGGUGUGGAAAAUGUCCUUUGGUGGCUGAUGUGUUUACACUACAGUUUUGCAUUCCCGACAAAGACCAGAAAGCGAGUACUAUAGCUAAACUAUUAAAAGACAACAUCUUUGAUAAGUUGGGCCAGCAGAGAGACUUCUUUAGGUCAGGGUAUAAAUUUUUGCAGUUGCUAAUCCUGUGUCAGUAUUAUGGAAUUGAGAAGAUUAGAACUAUGGCGUAUCAUCCUCAAGGGAAUGGUGUUUCUGAACGCUUCGAUCGAACUCUGCCUGACCUUUUAGUCACCUUAGAUGAAAAGGCUAAAAAGGAAUGGCCUGAACAUGUGUCUAGCAUAUGUCAAUGUAUAAUGCAACCCCCCCAUGCCUCCACAGGAUAUUCUCCUUUCCACCUAUUGCUUGGUAGAGAGCCUAAACUGCUGAGAAACCCAAAAGCCGUUAGUUCAGAUGAAAACACAGUAGACAAAUGGAUUAAAAACUUAGGAAAAAUUCAAGGUACACUGUUGGGUGCGGCUAAAGAAGUAAAAUUGAAAAAGAGAAUGCGAACGAGGAAAAUACUUCAGUACCUAGAGAAAAAGGUGAAUUUUUCAUUUCAGAAUGAAAAUACAAAUGUAUCAAAUGUGUUCUACAGAAUUGUACUAUUGAAAGCUCAGAGUGGAGCUUUUUGA